AUGCAAGGGAAUCAAGCUUCACUUGUUAAAAUGACGUUUGAGGAAGUUGGAAGAAUGCCUGAACUUAAGGAGAAUCCUUUCCGUCGAAGAAUUUGUGAAGUAUUCUCAGAGGAUGGCUGUGGAAAUUUAACUUUUGACGAUUUUCUCGAUAUGUUUUCUGUAUUCAGUGAAAUGGCUCCUUUACAAUUAAAAUUGAAAUAUGCCUUUAGAAUAUAUGAUUUUGAUGGGGACGAGUUUCUGGGACGUGAGGACCUAAGACAAAUGAUUGAUGCACUUACAAGGAAAGAGAUGAGCGACGAAGAAGUAGAAUUCAUCAUAGACCGUAUUAUUGAAGAAGCAGAUCUGGAUGGAGAUAAAAGAAUUUCCCAGGCUGAGUUCGAACAUGUAGUGUCUCGUUCACCUGACUUUGUGCGGACAUUCCAUAUCAGAAUAUAA